GGAUCCAUGCUCGCAAUAGGCACAGCUUUCUCAUUCUCAACAAAACCCAGAAGCUAAAAAAAUUGUGUGCGAUUUUGAUGGUUCAUAGAUUAUAGUUGGAGAAAAAGAAGAAGAAAACUACAGAAAGAUGAGAUUUUUAUGGUUAAUUAUUUUCUUAUAUGCUUUCUGUAACCAUAUUUUAGCCGAUCAGAUCUUUCCAGGUCAUGUGGGCGGUACAUUUGGUCGGAGCUCUCAUGAACCAAUGUAUAAGAUUGAAUUCCAUCCAGAAGACUCACCUUUUCACCCUGAUGAUAACCAGGAGUCAAUGGUUGUGCCAAACAAAAAUGGAGAGAAUUUUUUGUGUUACUUGCCCAAGGUUGAGAAAGCCAGAAGUGGAAAAUCCCUUAAUCAACUGAAUGUAAGCAGCAUGAUUGUGGAGACUGAGAAAAGGGUCAAACUGAAAACACCAGACGAGCUACUUGAAGUGUUCAAAGAUCAAUGUUUUGUCAGACAAGAGGGUUGGUGGUCUUAUGAAUUCUGCUAUCAGAAGAAGUUACGGCAAGUUCAUUUGGAAGAUGAUAAGGUCGUACAGGAAUUUAUUUUGGGUGUUUAUGAUGAAGAAGCCACUGCUGCAUUCAACCAGAAUCUGUCUGAUAUAUCUACAUUGAAAGAUCCUCGUGCAAAAGAUGCAUCUCAAAGGUAUCAUGCUCAUCAAUAUACAAAUGGAACCAUAUGUGAUCUUACAAAUCAGCCACGUGAAACUGAGGUGAGAUUUGUGUGCUCAGAGCCUAGAGCAAUGAUUAGUUCUAUCACUGAGCUUUCUACUUGCAAGUAUGCCCUUACAGUACAAUGCCCAAUGCUUUGCAAACACCCAUUAUUCCAAGAAGAGAGACCGGUAUGGCACACCAUUAACUGCAAUGUUCUUUCCAAGGAUUCAAAGGGAACCAAGGCGGAGAAAUUGAAAACUGAAGAGAAGCAGAUUAUUAUGGUCACAGGCAUUGAAUAUUCAUCUAAUUCUGAGUCAAAUGAAUGAUAGGUGGUGCACUGGACACGCGGGCCUCUGUUAAUACUAACUGAAUUAAUGCAGUGAAAAUUUAUGUUCUUGAUGGUUUACUGACCGUUUUUCACCCCUUUGAAAAGUUGAAGCUAUUGAAUCUAAUGACCAAUACAUAUACAUUUCGUGAUACAAUAGUUUUCUCUGUUGUUUUUACAUUUUUAGAUUUGAAACCAGUAAUUGCACUUAGGCAUUUCCGUUGGCAAAGAUACAUGAUUUUGGAAUAUAUGGGAGAUGGGUAAGGAAGGAGAUUCUGAUAUGAAUGAAGUGAAUUUCUUGUGAA